AUGGAUCAGCCACAUAUGGAAAAUGAAUUCUUGUUAAUAUCUACACCAAAGUAUAAGAAAUUCAACAAGACGUGGAUAGUUGAUAAUGAUGGUGGUCUUGGUGCAGCUGAUGGUGAUGGAGGUGAUGCCCAAGCCUCCUUGGAUCAGAGCAGGGGCGAGGAUCAGUGCCCUUCUGCUAGUUCACUGAUCUAUCAAAUCCCUCCACUCGUUGCAAAGAAGACGACUGUUGUCGUAAGCCCUCUUCUGUCACUGAUGCAAGACCAGGUCAUGAGUUUACAACAACGUGGUGUGAAAUCUGACUACCUUGGCAGCACCCAAAUGAAUAGCUCUGUUAGCAGUGAGGCUGAAAAAGGCCUGUAUGAUGUUCUGUACAUGACCCCUGAGAAAGCUAUCUCACUUCCUACAAGGUUUUGGAGUAACUUGCAGGCUUCCGGAAUCUGCUUGUUGGCCAUCGAUGAAGCACAUUGCAUAUCUGAAUGGGGUCAUGAUUUCAGGCCGGAGUACAAGCAGCUACAUUCAUUGCGUGACCACCUUGUUGGUGUUCCCUUUGUUGCCUUGACUGCAACAGCCACAGAAAGGGUACGUGGAGAUAUUGCCACUUCCUUGAACCUGUGCGAUCCUCAUGUUGCAAUCGGAUCAUUUGAUCGUCCAAACCUUUUCUACGGUGUGAAAUCGUGCAACCGAUCUAUGUCCUUUAUAAGUGAACUUGUGAAAGAUGUCUCGAAGAACUGUACUGUGGGUGGCUCAACAAUAAUUUACUGUACCACCAUCCGGGACACUGAACAGGUACAUGAAGCAAUGAUUACUGCUGGAAUCAAAUCUAACAUUUACCAUGGUAAAAUGGGUAGCAAAGCUAGAGAGGAAUCCCAUAGGUCGUUUGUUAGAGAUGAAGUACUUGUGAUGGUGGCAACCAUUGCAUUUGGGAUGGGAAUAGAUAAGCCCGAUGUUAGAUGUGUAAUACACUACGGUUGCCCUAAGAGCCUAGAAUCGUACUACCAGGAAAGUGGGCGUUGUGGAAGAGAUGGACUGCCUUCAUUCUGCUGGCUAUAUUAUCAAAGAAGUGAUUUUGCAAAAGCUGACUUCUAUUGUUCUGAAGCAACUAAUGCAAUGCAAAGGAAUGCCAUCAUGGAUUCCUUCAUGGCAGCACAGAAAUAUUGCCUCCUUGGUACAUGCCGCAGAAAAUGCCUGUUGCAGUACUUUGGUGAAGAGCAUGCCACUGACUGUGGUAACUGCGAUAAUUGCACAACGACAAAGACUGAGAGGGAUUUGUCAAAAGAAUCUUUCUUGUUGCUGUCCUGCAUCAAGUCUUGUGGAGGACGCUGGGGCCUUAAUAUGCCAAUUGAUGUUCUCCGUGGAUCACGGGUCAAAAAGCUAGUUGAGAAGAAUUACGAUAAACUUCCAAUGCAUGCGCGGGGAAAAGACUAUCCGCCAAACUGGUGGAAAGCACUUGGUGGUCUGCUUAUGGCACAUGGUUACUUGAAGGAGACUACGAGUGAUGGAUUUAGAUUGGUCAGUGUUAGUCCAAAAGGGGCCAAGUUUCUCUCCGAUGGUGGAACACCACUAUUUUUGCAGCCAACUGCAGAGAUGAUUGAGCAAGAGGAGCUUGGUAGUUCACAGCAUAAAGAAGGGGGCUUAAAUCCUCUGACCCCUGUAGACUCUGAAAAGACAUCUGAGGAGGAACUGAAACUCUACCAAAUGCUCUUGAACGUCAGGACGAAACUUGCUCGGGAUAUUGGAACUGCUCCAUAUGCUAUAUGCGGUGAUCAGACCCUAAGACACUUUGCAAGGAUUAGGCCUUCUACUGGAGCUAGACUGGCUAAUAUUGAUGGUGUUAACCAGCACUUCAUCUCACGUUACAGUGGCACUUUUGUCCAACAUAUCACUCAAUUUUCAAAAGAGUUGAAUCUUUCAUUAGAUGAUUCAUCAGGAGUAGAGGAAACGGUGUCCGUUUCUAAACCUGUAAACAACAAGUUUCCAAUGAAAUUGGGUGAUGCCAGAUUUACUGCAUGGGAACUGUGGCAGAAUAAGGAGUACUCGUUCAAGAAAAUUGCGCAUUUCCGCAGAGCAGUGCCGAUAAAGGAGCAAACGGUUAUUCAAUAUAUACUUGAUGCUGCUCGGGACGGAUCUGAGAUGAACUGGAAUAGGUUCUGCGAGGAGACAGGACUGACACUUGAGAUAGCUUCACAGAUCCGUCUUGCCAUUGCAAAGGUUGGAUCACGCGACAAGUUGAAGCCAAUAAAAGAUGAGCUUCCAGAAAAUGUAACAUACGAAAUGAUCAAGAUAUUCUUCACAAUCGACGAACUUGGAGUGUCAGAGAAAGCUUUUGGUGGCAUUCCUACUGAUGGGGCCAGAGCAGCCGAGUCGCCAAAAUCCUGUUCCCACGAGAGUGAAGCUGUUGAGAACAGUAAUCAAGGAGACAGUGUCAUCACGGCAGACGCCUGUGAUUCAAGCCCGUCGAGGAAGAGGUCCGGUACUGAUGGCACGCCAGUCCCUGAUGACGAACAAGUAAAGAAACGGCAAAAGACGGACGAGCAAGUGACUGAGUCUACUCCCCCAGCUGUUGCCACCGAAGAAGCUAUACUUGAACUGGUCGAGAGCCGUGGUGGGGUUUCGUUGGAGGAUGCUGUCAAGCACUUCAGCGGGUCGAAACGAGAAUCUGUCGUCGAGAUGUUGGAGAGCCUCCAGUGCAACUUUGCUGUGUACAUGAAAAACGACUGCUACCUGGUUUUGUGA